UAAAGCGUGUGUUUGUCCGGCCUAUAUAAAGGCGGCGCGCCUACGUCACUUCCUUUCUCGUCUAAGCGGAGAUCAUGGAUGCCAGCCGCGUGCAGCCCAUCAAGCUCGCCAGAGUGACCAAAGUGCUCGGCAGGACCGGCUCCCAGGGCCAGUGUACCCAGGUCCGUGUUGAGUUCAUGGACGACAGUAACAGGUCCAUCAUCAGAAAUGUGAAGGGCCCAGUCAGAGAGGGAGACGUCCUGACCCUUCUGGAGUCUGAAAGAGAAGCAAGGAGGCUUCGUUAGUGUGCAUUUGUGAAGACCACCCCCCCCCCAUCCCGGAAGUUUGGAGAGUGGAGCAGUUCAACACCAGCUGUGCUGCCACCUCUUUAUUCAGAUGUGCAGAUUGAAAUAAAGAUCUUUCAAAUUUUGA